ACACAUUGAGAGGAUGGAAAGCUUGAAAUACUUGCCUGCAGGUCCUCUAAUGAACAUCAAAGUCAUUGCUGGAAAGUUUGAUGAAGUGUACCUGCCACACUGGAUCUGCAUAGACGGCAACACUGACAUAUUAGGAGAGUUUGCCGUCCUCCACAUCGAUGACUGUGGUGAUGUUGUGGAACAAGUUUCCGAGUUCACGUCUUGCCAUGUCAAGUUAGCUGAACCAGUUUUUUCGCCAAAGGGGGUUCUGAUCAAAUUUGGUGUGCGUGUGAAAACACGCUGCAGCGUGUUGAUAUUUAAGAUGAAAAAUACAUUCUUCAAGCUCAAAGUUUAUCUGAUCCCGUGUGAUCCUGGUCUUCGACAGGAAAUUCUCAAGAUUGAAAAAAACUACGAAAACAAAGAAAUUGAAGUACCACCUGAAAAUAUGCACUUGAGAAUGAAGGAUGACUUUAUCCUAUCAACCGAUAUGGAUGGUGCAGAAAUUUGUCCCGAAGAAGUCAAGCUCGAAUAUCAAUUCACCGAUCCACCGUACUUUAAAGUACGUAUAAGAAAUCCAGACACAGACUUCAUCCUCAAGCUUACAAAAAAAAAAGAGAGUACACCAGUGUGGACCCGCAAAAUUGACGAAGAUGAUUACCAAAGCAAUUCCAUGCACCAGCUGCAAGACCCUCAGCCGGAGCAACUGGUGUAGAUACCACAUCCGAUGACCAACACUUUGUGGAUAAAUAUCAACUCCAGCUCACCGACAGAGUGAGCCACAUGGAUCCCAUUCUGGAUCGGCUCCUCGAUAGAGGU